AUGUCUGUGGUCAGGCUCCCAGAGACGGUCACUGUUGCGGCUGAGCAAAUUCGCCAAACGGCUGCACAAAUCGGCGUGCAAGUCCCCGAGAGAGAUUUAGACGCAUAUCGAGUAUUCCUCAGCGGGCUAGACUCCUGCAUUGACCAAAUCGAGGCUGAAGACGACUACCUUCCGUUGCUCGACGCAGAACGAUUCCCUCGCUCGAAUGUUCACCGCCCAUCGCCUGAAGAUAACGCAAAGCAGUUCAAUUCCUGGGCAUAUAAAGUCCACAUUGCCUCAACAAACACAGAAGACAAAGCUGGUCCACUGGCAGGCUUUACUGUCGCAAUCAAGGACAAUGUUAACAUUGCGACCGUGCCUUCUCUGCUAGGAACCGAUGUUUUCGAGGAUCCCUACAUUCCGGAAUACGAUGCAACAAUUGUCACACGAAUUUUGCGGGCGGGGGGAACCAUAGUCGGGAAGGCCGCCUGCGAGAACUUCUCGCUUUCCCCCAACUCGUUUACGAAUGCGCAAGCCAAGGUCAUGAAUCCGCUCGCUCCUGGGUAUUCUGCCGGCGGCUCUUCGUCUGGGUCGGCAGCCUUACUUGCGGGUCCGAGUCCCAUCGUCAAUAUGGCCAUUGGUGGCGAUCAAGGUGGCUCGAUUCGUUUACCUGCUUCUUAUUGCGGUAUUGUUGGUCUGAAGCCUACCUAUGGGCUGGUGCCGUAUACUGGAAUCGCGCCUCUGUCUUCGAUCGUUGACCAUACCGGGCCAAUGACGACGAAUGUUCUCGACAACGCAAGGCUUCUGAGUGCCAUCGCAGGUAAAGACGGGUUGGACGACCGCCAGAUGGGUGCACCAGAGUUUGGACUCGAUUAUUAUACACCCCUUCUUGCUUAUGCGAAUGACCCGAAAGCUGCGGUCAAAGGCAUGCGGAUCGGAGUUCUUGUUGAAUCUCUGGAGGUUCCUGGGCUCGACCCUCGGGUACGGGAAAAGGUCAGGGUCGCUGCGGAGCUGUUUCGCAGUCUUGGUGCGGAAGUGGUUGAUGUUUCCAUCCCUAUGCAUACGCUCGGCCCUGCGCUUUGGACGAUCGCCAAUCGACAAGGCAUCUCCGAACAGGCUUUGCGAGGGCAGAAUCCGGUCCGAUUGGGUGUUCAUGAUGUCAAACUUACCCAGAAGUUGGCGCAUUGGAACACCGAAAUGUUUGAAAAAGCGCAGCUGCAUAAUCCAGCAAUUACGGUCUCGCUACUCGGUGGGCAGUUUGUCAAAUACGCAUACCCUGGCGCAGCCGACAAAGCUAUCAACCUAUCCCGCAAACUACGCGACACAUACGAGGCCGUUAUAAAGGACCAUCAUCUCGAUGUCAUCCUCCUGCCCUGUACACCAACGAUCGCGAACUACACUUUUGACCUGUCAGACAGUGUGGGCGACAAAAUGGGGAAGGCUGUGGGGAUCACACUCAAUACGUGCCCGCUGAAUGUGUCUGGUCAUCCAGCAAUCAGCAUUCCGAUUGGAACUCUUCCUGUCAUUGAGCCUGGACGAGAGGUGGACACGGGAAUCCGUUUGCCUGUGGGAAUGCAGAUCAUGGCUGGAUUUUGGCAAGAGAAUAGAAUUUAUAGGACUGCGUUGGCUUUUGAAAAGUCCUUUGACUGGCGCAUACUCUAA